AAGGGCAUCUGAUUUCUCUCUCUCGUUGACUUUGCACCCAAGACGGAUGUCUAGACGGCGGCGCCCCCUGUGCGCGCCGCGGGUUUGUGUUUUAUCUGCGUUCUUCAGCCAGCGGAAUUCGGCGGCUGUUUGCUAUGCCUGGCGUUAGGGAUCUGGCGGGCGGGCUAAUCGUUUGCUGCCCGCGCGCGGUUGCAAGCAGGGCGUUCUUCUGGAUACACAAUUUCUCUGCAUUUGGUAGGCUGGCGCAGCUGCGUCGUCGAAAUGAUAUCUUUACUCAUCAUCUGUUGUGUGCGGAGUUGCUUGUGCUGUGCUUCGUAUGAUGUGAUGAUGCUUGAAGGUGGUCUCGGGGCUGUGAGGACGAAGGCGACGGUUGCUGCCGUCGCGGUUGCUUUCCAGUGCGAUACUCUCAACCACAUACUCGGUGGAGCGUCGUACUACACCUCGAUCUUGCACCAGCGUGCUCGCAGACCAAGCCAUCAUCGGGUGUCCCACGCAUCACUGCUCUUCCUCGCUCACUCCCCUAAACCACGCACAUUCGUCAUCGCGGACACAGCACCUUCUCCAGACCACCGCUCUCCCAGACCCACACCAUCCCAAACCUUCACCAUCGCACACCAAUACUGUCGUAAAUCUACUCAAUCACAUACCUUCAUCAUCCCAGACCCACACCAUCCCACACUGCCACACUCAAUGUAGUCGAGCCAUCAACUGCACUACACUGCCCACGC